AUAUGUGCGGCCACACUGCUUCCCGCCAAAAACACAGCGUACGGCGUGCAAUUUGUGUUCAUCCGAGUUUUGUUUGCGUUUGUGUUUGCUUUCGAACGGAACGAAGCUGCAUUCUUUUUUGAUUCCCGCUGCCAGCUGCCAAUAGAAGAUACCUCCAACAAUGGCCCACGAUGGAGAGCAGUUCAUCAAAGAUAUCCAGCGCGAAUAUGUGGACUUCCUGGACGAUGAGGAAGACCAGGGCAUCUAUGCUGGUCAUGUUAAGGACAUGAUAGCGGAGAAGAGCAAGCGCCUGAUCGUGAACGUCAACGAUCUGAAGCGCAAGAAUCCUCAGCGGGCGAUGGGCUUGCUAAGUAACACCGCAGACGAGCAGCUGGCCUUCGGGCGUGCCCUCAAGGAGUAUGCCUCGACGGUGGAUCCCAGCUAUGCCAAGAUGCACGAAGAUUUGUUUGUUGGCUUCGAAGGGUGCUUCGGCAAUCGGCAUGUGACGCCGCGCAGCCUCACCUCCAUAUAUCUGGGCAAUAUGGUCUGCGUGGAGGGCAUUGUCACGAAGGUCUCCCUCAUCCGGCCGAAGGUGGUGCGCAGCGUCCACUACUGUCCGAAUACGCGCAAGGUAAUGGAGCGCAAGUACACGGAUCUUACCUCCUUUGAGGCCAUACCCUCUGGCGCCGCCUAUCCCACCAAGGAUGAGGAUGGCAAUCUCCUGGAAACGGAGUACGGCUUGUCCGUUUACAAGGAUCAUCAGACACUGACCAUACAGGAGAUGCCGGAGAAGGCGCCGGCGGGACAGCUGCCCCGCUCUGUGGACAUUGUCUGCGACGAUGAUCUUGUGGAUCGCUGCAAACCCGGCGACCGGGUCCAAAUCGUGGGCAGCUAUCGCUGUCUGCCGGGUAAGCGUGGUGGCUACACAUCGGGCACCUUCCGCACCGUCCUCCUGGCCAACAACAUCUCGCUGCUGAGCAAGGAGAGCAACCUGGACAUAUCGCGCGAAGACAUCAUGCUCUGCAAGAAGCUGGCCAAGAACAACGAUAUCUUUGAGCUGCUUAGCAAGAGCCUGGCCCCGUCCAUACACGGGCAUGCGUAUGUGAAGCAGGCAAUCUUGUGCCUGCUCCUUGGUGGCGUGGAGAAGCUCCUGCCCAAUGGCACUCGCUUGCGUGGCGACAUCAAUGUCCUACUCAUCGGUGAUCCCUCGGUGGCCAAGUCCCAGCUGCUGCGCUAUGUCUUGAACACGGCGCCGCGUGCCAUACCCACCACGGGUCGUGGUUCCAGUGGUGUGGGUCUUACGGCAGCGGUGACCACGGAUCAGGAGACCGGUGAGCGGCGUCUGGAGGCUGGAGCCAUGGUUCUAGCGGAUCGUGGCGUUGUCUGCAUCGAUGAGUUUGACAAGAUGAGUGACAUUGAUCGUACGGCCAUUCAUGAGGUGAUGGAACAGGGACGUGUUACCAUCUCCAAGGCGGGCAUCCAUGCCUCCCUCAAUGCUCGCUGCUCGGUGUUGGCCGCUGCCAAUCCUGUCUACGGCAGGUAUGACCAGUACAAGACACCCAUGGAGAACAUUGGGCUGCAGGAUUCGCUGCUGUCGCGUUUCGAUCUGCUCUUUGUCAUGCUGGACGUGAUCGACAGCGAUGUGGACCAGAUGAUAUCCGAUCAUGUGGUGCGAAUGCAUCGCUAUCGCAAUCCCAAGGAGGCCGACGGAGAGCCCCUAUCCAUGGGCAGUUCGUAUGCCGAUUCGUUGGCUUUUGUUUCCCGAAGUGAUGAGAAAAAGGACACCGAGGUUUAUGAGAAAUACGAUGCCUUGCUGCAUGGCAAAUCCCGGCAGCGUCACGAGAAGAUCCUCUCCGUGGAGUUUAUGCGCAAGUACAUCCACAUUGCCAAGUGCAUGAAGCCCAAGCUGGGGGAGCAGGCCUGCGAGGCCAUAGCCAACGAGUACAGCCGCCUGCGUUCCCAGGAGGCGGUCGAGACGGAUGUGGCUCGCACUCAACCGAUUACGGCCCGAACCCUGGAGACACUUAUUCGUUUGUCCACAGCCCAUGCCCGGGCACGCAUGUCGAAGACGGUGACCAUCGAUGAUGCCCAUGCGGCCAUUGAGCUUGUACAGUUUGCCUACUUCAAGAAGGUGCUGGAGAAGGAGCGUGGCAAGCGACGCCGCAACAGUGGCGCCUCUGACGAGGAGGAGGAUGAUGCUGCUGUCAGUACCCACCGAUCACCGUCACGUCGCAGCAAGCGCACUCGCGUUGAAGUGGCUGGCGCGGACAGCGAUGAGGAGGAUAUAGAAACACCACAACCGGAUGCCGGUGACUUGACGCGCCGCGAGACUCGUAAAUCUCUGCCCGCCCAGAAGGCUGCCGCCGCCUCAGUCACCUCCAGCGAGGAGCAGUCGACAUCGUCGACGCCAGCCACCAUCAGCGAUGCCCGUUUGGGUGGAUUCAAGAACAACUUGCAGCGCCUGUUCCGCGAGGCACGCGAGCAGAGCCUCCCACUUGCCAGGAUCACCACGGCCAUCAACGAUGGCAACCCGGAGCCCUUCAGCGGCGGUGAAAUUGAGGCUGCCGUUCAUCGUAUGACCGAGGAUAACCAAAUUAUGGUGGCCGAUGACAUUGUCUUUCUUAUCUAACCCAAGCAUUCCACACUUAUCACCAUCGAGGAGUAUCUGUAUCUCCACCACCAUUUAUCUCAUCAAUUAUCCAUUGCAUCGGCUAAGUUAUAAAUUUUUGUUCAUAUUUUUGUAAUAAACGUAUUGAAAAUCUCUUGCUAAA